ACAGGCAGAAAACAACAGAGCAAUGUGUAAUGGAUAAUCUGUAUGUUGUCUAAGAAGGGGACCUUUCUCUUUUUAUUUUAGGGUCUGGUGUGCUUUGAAGAUGUAGCUGUUCAUUUCACACAGGAGGAGUGGGCGUUCCUGGAUCCUGACCAGAGAGCUCUGUAUAAGGAAGUCAUGGAGGAGAAUCGUGGGAUCAUGGAGUCUCUCAAUGCUGAUGAAUCAGAAACGAAGAAUGAGGGAGACCAAAUCUACACAAUGGAGAAGCGGUAUAAAUAUUUGGAGUGUACAGAGAGCUUCAGAAGAAUUCAUACAGGGGAGAAACCGUAUCAGAGUUUGGAAUGUGUCAAGAGCUUCACCCAGAAAUCCCAUCUCCAUUCCCAUAAAAGAAAUCGCAGCGUGGAGAAAACUUAUAAGUGCUUGGAAUGUGGAAAGAGCUUCACCUGGAAGGUAAAUCUGACAACUCAUGAAAGAAUUCAUACAGGGGAGAAACCAUAUCAGUGUUCGGUAUGUGGAAAGGGCUUCAUCCAAAAGGAAAGUCUCACAGGCCAUGAAAGAAUUCAUACAGGGGAGAAACCAUAUCAGUGCUUGGAAUGUGGUAAGAGCUUUAGGCGGUACUCCAAUCUCAGUUCUCAUCAAAGAAUUCACAGCAAGGACAAACCAUAUCAGUGCAUGGAAUGUGGAAAGAGCUUCAGUUGGAAGGAUAAGCUCACUCUUCAUCAAAGAAUUCAUACGCAGGAGAAACCAUAUCAGUGCUUGGAAUGUGGAAGGAGCUUCUCUCGGAGCGAAGGUCUCAGGUACCAUCAAAGAAUUCAUACUGGAGAGAAACCAUAUCAGUGUUUGGAAUGUGGAAAGAGGUUCAGUCAGAGGUUCCAUCUCACAUCCCAUCAAACAACUCAUAUGGCGGAAAAGGCAUUUCAAUGUUUGGAAUGUGGAAAGAGCUUCACCCGGAAGGAAAGUCUGACUUUCCAUCAAAGAAUUCAUACAGGGGAAAAACCAUAUAAGUGCUUGGAAUGUGGAAGGAGCUUCAGUUGGAAGAUUAAUCUGACUUUACAUCAAAGAACUCAUACAGGGGAGAAACCAUAUCAGUGCUUAGAAUGUGGAAAAAGCUUCAUUCGGAAGGAAAUUCUCACUUCCCAUCAAAGAACUCAUACAGGGGAGAAACCGUUUCAGUGCUUGGAAUGUGGAAAAAGCUUCAGUCGGAAGAGAAGUCUCACUUACCAUGAAAGAACUCACAGCGAGGAGAAACCAUAUCAGUGCAUGGAAUGUGGAAAGAGCUUCAGUCGGAAGGAUUGCCUGACUUCACAUCAAAGAAUUCAUACAGGGGAGAAACCCUUUCAGUGCUUGGAAUGUGGGAAGAGCUUCAGUCACUGUGCUAGCUUUAAGAACCAUGAAAGAGUUCAUAAAGGGGAGAAGGCAUUUCAUUGCUUGGAAUGUGGGAAGAGAUUCAGUCAGAGAACUGGUCUCAUGUCCCAUCAAAGAAUCCAUACAGGCGAGAAGCCAUUUCACUGCUUGGAAUGUGGGAAGAGCUUCAGUCACAGUGCUAGCUUUAAGAACCAUCAAAGAGUUCAUACAGGGGAGAAGCCAUUUCAGUGCUUGGAAUGUGGAAAGACCUUCAGUCGGUACUCUCAUCUCAGUUCCCAUCAAAGAACUCACAGCAAUGACAAACCAUAUCAGUGCAUGGAAUGUGGAAAGAGCUUCGCUUGGAAAGCAAGUCUCACUCCCCAUCAAAGAAUUCAUACAGGGGAGAAACCGUAUCAGUGCUUUGAAUGUAAAAAAACAUUCAGUCACAGCGCCAAGCUCUCUGUCCAUCACAGAAUUCACACAGGGGACAAAUGAUACCAGUGCUCAGAAUGUGGAAAGAGCUUCAUUUGUAGUGCCCAUCUCACUUACUAUCAAAGAAUUCAUACAGUGGAGAAACCAUAUAAGAGCUUCAGUUGGAAGAGAUGUCUUACUUCACAUGAACGAACUCACAGUGAGGAGAAACCACUUCAGUGCAUGGAAUGUGGAAAGAACUUUGCCUGGAAGACAAGUCUCACAGCCCAUGAAAGAAUUCACAUAGGG